UUUCCCCGAGGUGAUCAUGCUGCCGGGAGUCCUGGCGCAGCCCGCGCGCCGCUGGAGGCGGUUGUUGCYGAGCGGCGGCCGCCGGCGCUUCUGGGGGUGGCUGAACGCCGUGUUCAACAAGGUGGACCACGAGCGCAUCCAAGCCGUGGGGCCCGACCGGGCGGCCUCAGAGUGGCUGCUGCGCUGUGGCGCCCUGGUGCGCUACCAGGGCCAGCACAAGUGGCAGCGGGACUACAACGGGCUCCCCACGGGGCCCCUGGGCAAGUACAGGAUCGARGCCAUCGACGCCACCGACUCCUGCAUCAUGUACAGGGGCUUUGACUACCUGGACGGCCUYGAAUACGUUACAGAAAUCAAGCUGCAGAAGUGCAUUUACAUCCAGGACGAGUGUCUGCAGAGGCUCAGCGACACUAAGAAUUUGCAGAAGAGUCUCCUGCAGCUGAGGAUCAUUUCCUGUGGGAAUGUCACGGAUAAAGGCAUUGUUGCGCUUCACAGGCUGACGAACCUUGAAUAUUUGUAUUUGAGUGACCUUCCUGGAAUAAGAAAGAAAGAAUYUACAGUGCAGAUGCUUCAGCAGGCAUUGCCAAACCUAGAGCUGGAACUGGAUUUAGAAUAAAAGCAAUUGCAUGUAAUUGAGAGGUAUUUUAUUUCAUAGUGUUUAUGAUAUGUUGCAUAAGUUACAUAGCRUAUACUACUAUAUUUCCAGAUAUGGAAGUCCAAAUUAUCUCUUGAUGUCUCAACAGCAGAGAAGGCAGGCUUCGUACUUAAUACAUGUUUUAAAGUUCUAGCUUUAUCAGAAAGCUGUUAAUAAUGAUAUUUUAAAUUAAAAAGGUUUUAUUGCACAGAAUGGGUGAGGAUUUAAUAAAAUAGCUUAUAGUUUUUUUUAUCCUGUUGGGAAAAUGGGCUGAAAUACAGAUGAGCAACCUGACCUUGCCAUAAAAAAUGUGCUGAUGAACUGAAUGCAUCCGCAGCUGCGGAGCAGGUAAUUUUUGAUAUGCCCUUGCACACACUCCUGCCAUAUGCUGACAGGGACUACAUUAGCUGUGUAUGCCACAUUAGUUAUGGCUGUUAUCAACCCUGCUAAAUAAGAGAUGAUUCAUCUUCAGAAGGAAUGUAUUUUUAGCCAAAUUCCUGGCUUUGAUGCCCAGGGAGAGAAAGGCAGUAGGACAUUACUCCAAGACAGCAGAUUUCAUAUUUUCUUGGGCAUGGAUASCUCUGUGCAAGUCAGAAUCUCUGUCUGUGUCCUGGGCCCCUACUUCAUCCUGUCUCCCAGCCCAGCGCAGGCAGGAGCUACACCAAGAAAUAAAAUCUCACGGAAAGGGUCUAGGAACUGACUCCAGGCUGUCCUAUAUCUGCUUAUAACAGAACAUAGGUGCUGUGUUAUCUUACAGCUGUGCACGACUAGAUGACUGCUCAUCCACACAGAAAACACUAUCCCAAAGUGUUUUGGUAUCCCAAGGCUUUUGAGUAUAACAUGAACUACCAGUGUUCAAGAUUAAAAUACAUUAAUGCAUGUACCUGCUUAUGAAGGCAUGAUAUGAAAUAAAGCUAGGCAGGCACACUGUGCAGAUGCACUGUGUGACCCACUGAAAUCGCUUUUACUGUUGCUGUACUCAUAAUGGUUCUGGGAAAUUAAAAUAAAAUGCUUUGG